CUCCGGAUCGCCAUUUUCUUCCUCUCCGCCGGUGAGCUGCUCUUCUGUGGGAUUCGUGACUUCGCUCUUAGACUCUCCGGUUCUUUCGAGCCUUUGACAUUCUGAAAGGGUCACUCCUGAAAGCUGUAACGCUUAGACUGAGGCCAUUUAGACUCGUUUUCUUUUCUCUCUGGCUAGUUUGUUUGUGUCCUGAAGGAUGUCCUCCGACAAUCCCGAGUAUUCCCCCUUCUUCGCAGUGAUGGGCGCCUCAGCAGCGAUGGUCUUCAGCGCACUUGGUGCUGCUUACGGCACAGCCAAGAGUGGCACAGGCAUUGCUGCCAUGUCGGUGAUGAGGCCGGAGCUGAUCAUGAAGUCCAUCAUCCCCGUGGUCAUGGCGGGUAUCAUCGCCAUCUACGGCUUAGUGGUGGCUGUACUCAUCGCCAACAGCAUUUCAGAGACUGUCCCACUCUACAAGAGCUUUCUUCACCUGGGUGCUGGGCUGAGCGUGGGUCUGAGUGGCCUUGCUGCCGGCUUUGCCAUUGGCAUUGUUGGAGAUGCAGGAGUUCGAGGCACGGCCCAGCAGCCUCGCCUUUUCGUUGGCAUGAUCCUUAUCCUGAUCUUUGCUGAGGUGCUGGGGCUCUAUGGGCUUAUUGUUGCCCUUAUCCUCUCCACCAAGUAAACAGCGUUAAUAAUAAUAAUUAUAAUUAUACGGAUACAAACACCCACCCACUACAAACACACACGAAUACCAACUCUAACAUCCACUUAAGGAAACACAUUGAGUAACUACACCACAUGAACGGAAGAGAGGGGAGUGUGUUUGUGUAUGUAAGUACGUGUGUAAGUAUGUAGGUGUGUGCGUGCGUGUUUGUGCUUGGUGGGCAAUUAAAUGUAUGAGAGAGCUCUCCUCUCUGUGUGUAUUAUAGUAGCCUGACGUGCGUCUCCUUGUAAAUGCGCUGUGUAGCUUGUGAUCUUGUCUUGUUGGUGUUUAGAUAGCUGCCCUUACCCUUACCGCUACACUUGUUUGUUUGCGUUUUUAUUUCGUCUAUUUCCCCCUCAUGUUUGAAGAACAAAUCAUCCAGGUUUUUUUUUUUUUUUUCUAUUUUGGGACCAUUUGCUGAUUAAUGCUGAUAUUGAGGACUUAACUGUAAAAAAAAAAUACAUUUUUCACUGAUUAUUUAUGAAGAUUUUGAAAUGUUCAUGAAAUUGUUUAAUUGAAAGUCUUUAUUGAAAUCCCAGUGAUCUCUAUAUAUAAAUACAUGUAUCAGAAGUAUAUAUCUGUAUAGGUAGGUGAAUUGCACUGUGGGUAAUUUGUGCUUGGAGUUCCUCUGGAUGUAAUCAUCAGUUACCAUGCAAAUUUUGUUGUCUGUAUCAAGGUUAUUGGUGUGGAAGUUUACAGAGCGUGCCGUCUGUGAGUGUAUGCACGCAUAUGUUUGUGUGAAUGUGUAUGUUUUAAUUCUAAGGUGACAUUCUUUGAACAAUGUGUAGCGUUAUACCUGUAGCUACUACUGUUUCUGGUUGCAUUGAUGGGCAUACACCAGCCCGGCCCGUCCUGUUUCCAAAUAAAACUUCCUCAACUUC